CCCUGGUCAUAGUGGGUUUCGUAGUUCCGCUCUCCGCCCGUCAGUUGUGGGAUAGGCAGACCGUCGGAAGUUUGUGGGAGAUGGGCUGAAAGUCCAGCACAGGCAGACCGAACACUGCUGCACAGGAGUUUCACAGCUGCUUAUAAGUGUGGUAAUGCUUAGUUUCAGAAAUGCCAUACGUAGAUCGUCAGAAUCGGAUCUGUGGCUUUCUAGACAUAGAGGAGAUGGAGAGCAGCGGCAAGUUUUUACGACGCUACUUCAUUCUGGACACCCUGCAAGGCAGCCUGAUGUGGUACAUGGAUAACCCUCAGAAUCUUCCAGAAGGAACAUCCUAUGUUGGCUCCCUCAAACUAAUAUAUAUAUCCAAGGUUAGCGAUGCCACCAAAUUGCGGCCAAAGGCAGAGUUCUGCUUUGUCAUCAACGCUGGAAUGAGGAAGUUUUACUUGCAGGCGAAUGAUAAGCAGGAUUUAGUGGAGUGGGUCAGUGCACUCAACAAUGCCACCAAAAUCACAGUGCCAAAGUCAGGUGAGCAGGUGGCCCAUAAUACAGCAGAAGCAUGUGUGGACACAUCGGGUGCCACGAAACUAGUGUCCUACAAGACCGAAAUCAUUGCAGGAGUGCCCAUCAUCACCACCACACAGGAAAAGGGGGAAGGUCAGAAUGGUGCAGAUAAGAGUGGGAUGAGGAAACCUCCUGGUCAGCUGCCGUUUUACCUGAGCCGGAGCAACCAAGACCAGUCGGUUAUUAAAGCUGGAUAUUGUGUCAAACAGGGAGCUGUGAUGAAAAACUGGAAAAGGAGAUACUUCUUGCUGGAUGACAAUGCACUAAGCUACUUCAAAUCAGACAUGGAACGAGAGCCGUUACGAGUUAUUCCUCUGAAAGAAGUGAACAAGGUGCAGGAGUGUAAACAAAGUGACUUGAUGAUGAGGGACAAUCUUUUUGAACUGGUUACUACCUCAAGAACUUUCUACAUUCAGUCGGACAGCCCAGACGAGAUGCACGGCUGGAUCAAGGCUAUCUCUGGGGCCAUAGUGGCCCAGCGGGGUCCUGGACGCUCAGCAGCCUCUAUGCGUCAGGCCAGGCGGCUCUCAAACCCUUGUAUACAGAGGUAUACAUCCUGCAGUGGUGAAUGCAGCACGAGCACGCUGAACCCACCUCCAUCUUCUACACCAACGAACAGAGUCUCUCAACUCCUUGCUCACCCCUCCCCACAGAAGUCCAUUACCCAGAAUGCCGUUCCCCCUCGGGCUCUCAGCAUGGCGUGGGAGGGGCCAGAUCUGAACAGCCUGCGCCUGGGGCCACGAGCGCGCCUGUCGCUGCAGGAGUCACCACAAAUAUUCUUCAAGUAAAUGCUGACGACACGUCACCAGGGCAAAUCAAAAGUGGCGUAACACAGCCUCCGAAUAUCCCACAAAAUGAAGACCUGCAUGUUACCCAGGGUUAACAAUGUAUUUGGUAUAUAACACACACAAACACACACACACAUUACAACAAACUGUUAAUGUCAAAAGCAGGACAGGCACUCUGGAUGAAUGUGAAUCCAGCCCAGUGCACCAUGGGAUUGCACCAAUCAAGCCUCCUAAAGAAACUCCAACAUGUUCAAACCAGAAAAUUCAUUGAGACACAAAAACGUUGCCGUUACGAACAGUCUAUUAUUUUCCUGUUACGACUAAAAAAAACUAUAUUAUAGUUAAUAUUAUAAAUUAUAUUGUGUUUUUCCCCCUAUUUUUAAAUCUAAAAUACCAUGUACAUAAAGUGAAUUUAGUGAAAUCAGACAUCAAA